CCAGAUCCGCUGCGGAUGAAUGGCCCUGCUGCCUGGUUGGGGGCCCCGAGCCCCCGAGCCCCGUACCUCGCGGACGCCCCUCGCCGCCUGGCGCGCGCCGGGUCCCUCCCGGGCGAGGUGGAGCGCGGGGCGCCCCCGGGCCCGGGCGCUCGGAGUCCCGCAGCGGCGGCGAGCGGAAGCCGGGGGGGCGCCCACGAGCACCGCGGGGCCACCGAGAGCCUGGACUGCGAGUCCUGGGUCAGAGAGAAAGUGCUCUUCCUUCUGCACCCCGAGAGGUGGUCGGGGACUCAAGGGGACCCCGCGCGGGGAGAGGCGGCCGGUGGAGAGGACUUCUUCCCGGCGGGCGGAGACGACCUGGAGCCGGACUGCCCCUCUCUCUUUCCGAGAGAAAGGCGAAUUUCUGGCAGCCGUGUAGACGCCCCCUUCGGAGCCCCUGAACGGGACCCCGCAUCCGCACCCAAAUCCGUGCUCGUGCGCGUCGUGGACUACGAGGUGACCCAAGAAGUCCUGCGGAGCGCGUGGACGAAGGGCCGCAUGACCACACGGACGGAGGAGCACACCGUGACCGCCAUCACUUUUCGCACCAGCAGGGAGUGAGGCAGCCUGUGGGGCGCAGGGACCCCUGGAGAGCCCCGGGCUCACCUGGCAGGGAGAGGAGCACAACGCCGCGGAGACAGGAUGGUUUCACGGUCCCCAGGGAACUGACUCCUGAGGAGGUUUAACUGGAAAGAGGAGCCCGAGGAAUCUUCGGGCUGGUGGGGAGUGAGCGAUGCUCCUUAAGAAAACGCUCUUCGGGGAAUCCCAGCCUGCGAUAUACCAACAGCAAGGAACUUUUAAGAGCCUGGGGCAGGGCUUCUGGGAGACAGAUGGCACCCAAUACAGAUUGCAGAACUGUAAGCAACAUUAUACCUCUUUUAUCGUAAACACUGUGUUGGUCUGGGACCUAAGUCACUCCGAAGAGAAGAAAAGAUGAGCCAACCUAGGCUUAAGGGUCAUGGGACUUGCAUGGUCACACAGCUAGUGAUUGCAUAUGUUUACCAAGUAAAUAAGAAGAUAAUCACAUCCCUUGGAAGGUCUGGCAUUGGCCUUUAGAGCGACUUCUAGGGAGUCAAAGGAUGACUGGGCACCCUGGGUUUUCUGACUCAUCAUGUACGUGAAAAGUGCUGGAAUCACUGGAAUGUCACUGAUGUUCUGCAAGGCCUUUUGCCUGGAGAAUCACUACUAGCAGUUCUCAAGCCUAAGCGACCCUCAUUUGUGAGAGGAAUUCAGCACCUGACUCAUCUGUAUUCCGAACUGCUUGGUCAAUAGAAAAGAAAAGGCUUCAGAGGCCGAAGGUGUGCCAUGGUUAAUGACAUAGACUGCUUAGUCCCUUUGGCAGACAGGAGCUUUGAACACUUUCUUAAGGACUUGUCUGUCAGGGUUUCCUGAUUCCAGCAGAACCGGGUUGUGUGAAGAUCCUGAGGAAUCUUUUUCCCUUUGGAGUGUCCUGGGAGUGACUCCAAAGUGAAACUUGGGUAUCCUAAGAAAUUUAAGAAUGGCUGGGUCUUGGCUAAAUGUGAUCCUUUAAAAUUGACUCAGGUGGAUGAUUCACAGCAAGGACUUCCAGAAACUGGAUACUCAAGUGACUGUAAGACAAUUACUACAGUCACAUAACCAUCAAGCAAGUGUCCACUUCUUUUAAAAUCUUCGUCCACAUGCUCAGUCAUCUUUGAGAUUCAUUACAUUUGACUUCCUGCUCUUAUGGUUAUCACCAGCACUUGAGGUGCUUUUUGCUUAGUAAAAGAAAAAACAAAAGCUAGCUAUUGAAAGAGAAAAUUGUGUACACUGCAGAAAAAUUUGAGGGAAUGUUAGUUUGCAAGGAAAAAGAAAAAUGGAGUGAAAGAAAACCUAUGACUCCACAUCUCUUAACAUUUGGUAUAUUUCAAGUCUAGUUUUAUUUAUUCUAUUUUUUGUGUAUAUACAUAUAUACAUACACUUUUCUGAACAUAAACUAUAUAUAAAACCUGAUUAUUGUCAGUUAUAUAACUAAUUGCAUACUGAUGCCAUUGGGGGUGUGGUCUGUGAACUAGCUGCAUGAACAUCCCCAAGAAUUUUUUUUUUAUAAGUGCAAUAUCUUAGGCCACUCCAGAUCUACUGCAUCUGAACUUGCACUUGAACAAGAUCCCUGGGUGACUAUAUUCACAUUAUAGUUUGAGAAGCAUUGACAUAUAUGCUCUGUUUAGUUCUGUAUCCUCUUUUGUCACAGUAACUAAAAAGUUUUUAUUUUUUUCUAUAUUCCCCAUAAUUAACAAUAGUGUACAAUUCCAUGGAAUCAUACUUCGUAGAAGUAUGAAAACAUUUAGAGAUUGCAGAAGAGUAAAAUAUAUAUAUUGAUCUGUAAAUUGGCAGAGUUCUAAAAUCUUUGUCAUGUUUUUUUAAAAAGCCCUAUUCUGAAGUUUUUGUAAGGAAACAUUGAUGAUUGAAAUUGAAACUAUUUCAGAAUCGUAGUUAUUUUAAUUAUCUAAGAAUGUGAAACAAUAUUGCUUAAAAACUCCUUAAGGGAAGAAGGGCAGGAAGUCAUUUUAAAAAAAUACAGUUGCAACAUUGCUGCUGCUGAGUCAGGACUUGGCAUCUUGAUGCAAUAAAUGCGAGGGGGCAGAGGGAACAGUGGAGCCUGAAUUUGAAUCAGCCGAUUCAGAUAAGAAAACAAAGACUGUGACUUUUUAACACUCUGGCAUCUGUAUAACUCUAGUCAGUACUCUGCUCUUUAGUUAGAGACGUAAAUCUUCCUAACUUCUCUAGGGGAAGAUGAGAAAACACCCAGUCUAGUUUCCUUUGGGAAGGCAGGGUCUCUGACCAGUCAGCCUCUGUAAGCAUUCCCUGACCUCUCCGACAGGACUUAGACACCCCUGAGCACGCCUGUGGGCUUCCCACCCCAGCCUCAGGACUGAUCCACAUCCCUGAGGUUUUAAAUUUCAGGCUCUGCAGUCUUUCAUCCCAACAACUGAGUGGAAAAAUGUGUGAAUUUACAAGUGAAAUAAUCUUAUCAUCAAAAUGUUGGCAGGGAAGAAAGGAGCUUCUGUGACCCAUACAUAUUCAGUGGCACGCCAAGAACUAGGCAAUGGACAGGAAUUUUCCCAGGCGUGAAAAAUAAGCAAUGUAUUGUCUGUAUAGAUCUUAAAGCAGUGAAAAUGCGGAACUAAAAAUCUUAUCGUCUCCAUGUACUUUAGUGUUAAAAUAUUCUUCUUGGAAAAAAAUCUAUCCUUUGAUCUAAAGUCUAAAAAGUUCCUGUGAUUGCUCUUUGAAUUUUAAUAGAUAGCAGAUAGAUGUAAGCUUCAGAUUAGCACACUUUAAUUUUCCUUUACUGUUUUUUUCUGUGUGGAAGAUAAAGCACUCUUGGUGUUGUCCCCGCAAUAUCUCUCACUUUCAGACACACGUGGAAUUAGGCACACAUUCAUUUUGAGAAUAAAUUCCUAAGGGUUCAGAAUCUCUCAAAAUCACUAGGAGUGCCCUCUGAGUCUCCAACCAUAUAUGUUCCUGCAUUGAACACAGCCAUUGUUGUGAUUAAGAAAAAGAACUUGAGUUACUUAAAUGCUAAUAUUACUGUUAUUCAAUACUAACAAUGUGAUUUACUAUGUAUGAAAUUUUAAGUAAGGAAACAGUGAUAUGUAGUAUUUUUUGUUCAUGAGUGUGAAUCUAGUUCACAUACAAGCAAUUUACUGGAUUUGGAUAAUACAUUUAACAUGAAAUUGAUUUUUUAUUAUUUUAAAAUUAAAGAAUCAAGAAAACCAUUA